AUGGACUUUGAAGAUUUUGAAGAAUCAGAGGUGAUGUUCUCAGACUAUUCAUCAUCGGACGAAAGUGUCGAAUCCAGCGACGAAACCGAAAGCGACGAUCUGAGGAGGAAGCAUUACAGUCAAUCAAAGCACCCAAGGAUGAUGUUGAAUAGCUUCAACAGUUAUAAGUUGAAACAACCAAUAAGGAUUAGCUCUUCUAUGCCGGUCAAUAUACCUCCAUUGAUGAGCUCUCUCCAGUACGGUAUCGAUCCUUUCGAUGACGACGACGAUGAAGAUGAUCCAAUGAGAAGAUUGCCUCCACAUUUAAUUGUGGAAAAAAGGGAUAAUGAAGAAAUGGCAAGGUCAUUUAGUCCUUUGAAAGGGAAACAUUUGUGUGAAGCUAGGAACUCCAUCCUCAGAAUGACUGGUUUUCUUGAGAGAUGA